AUGGCUCAUAAUACCGAAUCGUCCAUCAUAGCUCAUGAGCAGCCCAUGAGAGCGAAACUCACCCCUACACGAGACGAUACCCGUGGCUCGAAACGAAAAAUGCGCUCAACGAAGCCCAAGGUCGACGGCGCACAAAACGCCGAAGCCGCUAAAAGUGGUAGUGAAUUACAAGUCCACUCAACUAGCACGGGGGUAUCAGGCAUACAAAAAACAUCGCAGCCAGAAACCCAGAAACCCGUCCACAUCGCAAAAACCGCACAAUCUACUGCGCAGGGCGCAACUCGCAUGCUCCACCUGCUAUCCCUGCCGGUCGAGAUCCUGGCGAUGAUCUUGGAAGAAUAUCACAUGAUGGAUCUUCCAUUAUCGAUAUUAAUGCUUGUGUGUCGUGCAAUGAACAAGCACGUCAAGAAUACGCCACGACUCUGGCGGCGCAUUCUGCUUUCCUGUGACACGACGACGCCUUCUGAUCUCCAGACAGGAAGUACAAUCGUCUGCACCACUCAGAGUCGCUUUGAAACUUGCGUCAAGCGCGCACGCACCUCGCCACUAGAGGCCACCUUCGUCGUGGAGAGCGUUGAAGAGUCCUCUCCGACGCUCGAGUUCAUGGUUGAUACCUUCCAGAUACUCAUGUCCCACUCUCAGCACAUCUCCCUCCUCCGCAUCAUCAUAAACCCCGACACUCCCCUCCAGGUCAUUAAAGAAUCCUUCCACGGCCUUUUCGAUGAUUCCACGUCGUUUCCAGCUUUGGAAUCAUUGAUGAUCGCUUCGGCUUUCCCCGUUCCCGGCCUCCUCGAUGUCUUUCAUCCUCUUCUCGACCAGCUCGAGCGGACGACGGUCAAGCUCCGAUCCGUCUACUUCGAGAAUUACAAGUUCUGGCGUAAGCUGCGCAGGGUUACGAUCAAGGGCGAGUAUUCGCCUAUUCACGUCACGGCAUUCGAGGGAUGCGACGAUCUGGAGUUCUUAUCUAUAUCAAGCGAGCUUCUCGUUCAUUCCUCGUCUGCAUUAGCUCCACCACUUCGUCAUGGACCGCUUGGAAUCCGGGAUUCGAAUGAAACGGACUUUGAUCCGACGGACGAAUGCAAGAGUGAAUACCUGCCCGUGCAUCCCAAGCGCAAGGUUCCCUUGACACAGGUACAGUGGCUUCGCGUCGGGGCUAUCGCGAUGUCUGGUCUGCAGGAGCUCCAGAUUUCCAACGUCAAGUUCCUCGUGAUUCGGUCGGCUCUUCCGGACAGCGCACAUCAGGCGCCUGUCCCAGCACAUUCCAUUCCCCUCCCGAAUCUUGAAGUCUUCCACGUCGGAGCCUCUCAUUCCGAUAUCAUCGCCAUCUCUGCGCCUCAUAUGCACACGCUACAUCUUGAGAUUUCUGACCUCAAGCGUGCCGAAGCGGACCGGGUUGUGUCGCGCAUCUUUCAUGGAAAAGAGGGAAUGUGGGUGCCCAAGACCCUGAGCAUCGAUGGUUACAUCCACGACAAGCAGUAUGCGCCGCUUUACAGAAAACUCCCGCAGAUCGAAACGCUUACAAUCAUUCUUGGGGAAAAACCGCACAAUACGUUCUACAAGGCGCUCGAAAAGCGUGGGAUGUUGCCGAAUCUUCGUCAUCUCACGAUCGACUUCGAUACUCCGCUGUUCACUACACGACCAGGCUGGUAUGUAGAUGACUUCCCUUGGAUGUCAAAUGGACCCCAGACGCGUAUAAUACGCUAUCCUCUCGCUUCAGACACGACAUCACCUGAGCCUGCCCAGGCUACGGAUACCAUGUCAAACUGGAUGACUAUUGGGACCAACCCACUCGAGAGCGAAGAAGACGGGAGAGGUGGGAGAAGGCGGAAAUUUCCUUCUAUGUCCGAACAAGUUGGGCCCCUCCUCCAUACGACUGCGCUGGUGAGGGCAAACCAGGGACUCCCGUUUGCAUCUCUGCGUUGCUUGUACCGUGGCGAAUAUUUGGAGGUCAUUUACGUGGAGAAAAAUAUCUGCAAAAAUUGUCGGAAGAUCAUGGAUGCGAACAACCCGAGCAAACCCAGUAAGGCGCUUCCGGGAAGAGAUUACGGUCAAGAUCAACGGUGUGGAUGCGAGCAUCGGAAGACAGGUUUGGGUCAGUGGGAAAUGUGA